UUCCUCCUCUAAAUCAAAUCACUUAUAUGGGAAACUCAAAGAAUGCCCAACACAUAACUUAUAAGCUCUGUAAAAAUGGCAGCCAUAAUGGCUUUCUCUCCUUUUCUCACCACCCAAACACCUAUCUUCCCCCGUUUAUCUCCGUUAUCACCCUUCACUCAUAGUCUUAGCUCACCAAAGAAAAGGGUUCAUCAUUUCAAAAUCCAUGCAAUUGGUGGAGGAGAUGGAGAGCUCAAGCCAAAAGGGAAGAAGAAAUUUAUAACCAAAGAAGAAGAACCUGAACAGUAUUGGCAAACAGCAGGAGAAAGGGAAGGAGAGAAUCCCAUGAAGACACCUCUUCCAUACAUCAUUAUCUUUGGCAUGUCAACUCCAUUUGUAAUCUUAGCCAUUGCUUUUGCUAAUGGUUGGAUUAAGGUACCCGUCCGAUGAAAUCUAGAGAUGCAGCAGCAAUGGCAGCUAAGUCUCAGUGUUAGAUGCUUGGAUGGUUUCAGUAUAUCCACUCAUUUCAAUUCUAAGAUAUGAGCAUCUAUUUGUACAAUAAUCAUGAAUGCUCAUCUUGUGCAUCACCAAGCAUACUAUAAUUCAAUGAGAAUCAAAUAUGAUCAGAUCACAUCUGCAA